AUGUCUUCUCAGCCAGCGGUGGAACAUGUACCAUGGGGUGACGUGCGAGCGUCAGAGGUGCAUCACGGCCCUUCGUCCCAUUAUACGGGCGGUGGUCAGAGUGCCAGCCUUGCGCUGGAGGGAUCGAGGUCACAAACCACAGGCGCCAAUAGAAAUUCCCCUUUAUAUCCGAUGCAGCCCACCGCCUAUGCACCACCGCUUUCGCGCUCGUCCGCUUCGCUGUCUUCGCCUAACAUCCAGACACGGGUUCCUGGCGAGGCUGGCUUUACCGGGCAACAUCAGCACCAGGGCUCUCCACAACGACCUGACGAAUUAUCUCCUUCGGAACACUCGGUGCACGCUAUCAUCGGUGCCACACUAGACGAAGAUGGCCGAGAAGGUUUCUUUGGCAGUUCCAGCGCUGGGACAUUCAUGCAAAAUGUGAGGAAGAUGGUCCAGCAAAAAGUCGGCGGCGGAGCGCAACAGACCGGACAGCCAUCCUGGAGUCCACACCUGACGCACAUUUCACUUGCUUCCGGACGCAAUCCUAUCAAGCAGAAGCACGUGGACUAUGUCCUACCAACCCGACGAAGAGCGGACAUUCUUGUGUCUGCUUAUUGGAAAUACGUGCACGUCCUUUACCCAUAUCUCGACAAAGUGCAGAUUCAAGAAGACUACGAAAAGCUGUGGAAGGGUGAUGACUCAAUCCCCGACGAAAGGUCAUUGAUGUGCCUUCUUAAUGUGAUUUUUGCCCUGGCCAGCCAGAUCGAUGAGUCAACACCCAUUGAAGAAAGGGAGCGCUCUGCUCACGUCUUCUACACGAGGGCCAAAGAACUGCUGGAUAUUGUGGAGACGGGCUCGGUUCGAACGGUACAAGUAUACUUACUUCUCGGACAAUACUUCCAAAGCACCAAUGAGCCACAUCCAUGCUGGGUCUACACCGGCGUGGCGAUCCGAACUGCCCAAAGCCUUGGACUGAAUCUACCUGAGACAACCGAACGUAUCACCGACCUAAGAACCCGUGAGCUCUUGCGGAAGGUAUGGCAUGGAUGCAUCCUGAUGGACCGAGUGGUCUCCAUGACAUAUGGUCGCCCGUGCAUGAUCGGUCCGAGGGCUGCUCUGGCGGUCCCUCUUCCACUGCCGGUCGACGAGGAGUAUCUCGUUCCCGGGUCUUUUCACACGCCACCGGUACCAGUGCAGCCAAACGACGCUGCGGUCGAAUUUUACGUCUUGUCACUCAAGCUGUACGAAAUCUUGCACGAUGUGAUCUUCAACUUUUAUUCAGUAAACUUUGGACAUGGUAAACCAGUGGAGAGUGACAAAUAUUUUGGGUCAUUGAGCGAAAGUCAAUCCUCGGUCUUCGAGAUCGAGCACAGAAUCGUGAGAUGGGAGCAAAGCAUUCCUGACCACCUGAGAGUGGGCCGCAAGCCACAAAGCCAUGAUGCCAAUGCCACACGAUAUCGGCAAGCCGUGAUUCUUCACCAGAGGCAAGAUUCCCGUCCACAUACCGUCCGUCAAUACGUCACUGACAUAUCCCAGACAACUCCACGUUCGCCUGUUACUCUUGAGACCGGGAGCUUGCUAUCUCAUAGAAUCUUCCUUCAGUGUGCAAUCGUCUGCGUCAGAGUGGCCCUGGAGGCUAUCAACACCAUUCACCAAGAAAGGGGUAACAACGACGCCGAGAAUGGAUACCUUGCCGCGUGGUGGUACAACGUGCUCUACUUGUACACUUCAGCGACGGUCCUCAUUGCUGCUCGUCUCAGCUCCGCCAUACUCGCUGAUGUUUCGGAAGAGACAAUCCUGGAUGGCUGGCACAAAGCUAUGGACGUGCUCAAACGGUACAGCCUCUUCAGCGCCUCCAUCAAACGUCUUACAACGACCCUCACCCUAUUAUUUGAGGCCGUGCCACGGCAAUAUUCCAGGUUCAAGGAGAAUUCGCGACAGGUUCAGACAGAUACGUCGCCGCUUCCUCAAAAUCAAGGCCAAGGUUCAGUCCCCCUGCCGUACUGGCGUCUACUCGAUUCCGUUGACUUGGUCUCCACGCCUGUAGACAACCUGCCGAGAGAGCAGUCCCAGGAUGAUAACAACGCUCUUCCCGACGACUCCCUUCUCGAUUUUGACAGAGUCUUCGACCCCAACGACCUUUCCUGGCUUAUGACUAUUCCCCUGGAUGGUUGA